AUGUCUAGCAGUUCUUUGGGCAAUAGAGUAUUUCCACCAUUAUUUUGGCCUGGAUCUGGCUCGUUGGGUACUUCGAUUGCAAUCGUACAAUUUCACAAUUAUACAUCAUCAGGAAAAAAAGCAUAG